CGACUAGAUGCGCGGGACAUUGCUCGCCACAGCGCACACAGGACACAAGGUGCACGUCUUCGUCGCUCCUAAACCCCAGCAAACAGACUCUUUGAGCGCCGUCAAACUGCAGCGAACAUGUCUUCGAAAUGCCCCAAGUGUGAGAAGACGGUCUACUUUGCUGAGAAAGUGUCAUCGCUGGGCAAGGACUGGCACAAGUUGUGUCUCAAGUGCGACCGCUGCAACAAGCUUCUCAACGCCGGCGGACACGCAGAGCAUGACGGAAGGCCUUACUGCCACAAGCCGUGCUACGCUGCCCUCUUUGGGCCAAAAGGCGUGAACAUCGGGGGGGCGGGCUCCUACGUGUACGACGCCCCCGCCAACAACAACGGCUCGGCAACUGGCGGGGACUCCUCGUCCUCCCGAGCGGAGGAGAAGAAGACAUUUGCAGUCAAGCCUCCCUCCAAAGCUGGCAGCAUCACCACUUUCUCCGGCGAGGCCAACAUGUGUCCCAGAUGUAACAAGAAAGUCUACUUUGCUGAGAAGGUAACAUCGCUGGGCAAAGACUGGCAUCGCCCCUGCCUGCGCUGUGAGAGGUGCAGCAAGACUUUGUCCGCUGGCAGCCAUGCAGAGCACGACGGCCAGCCCUACUGCCACAAGCCCUGCUACGCCGUGCUCUUCGGGCCCAAAGGCGUCAACACGGGCGGCGUGGGCAGCUACAUCUACGAGCCUGCGCAGUGAUCGCCCUCCUCCUGCACCCCCUCACCCCCCCACCCUCCAUCCUCACCCUCACCCUCCCCCCUGCCUUCUCCUCCACCCCUCCUCACUUCACGUAUUGCAGUCGCACGUCGCCCAUUCAAAGUUGAGAAGUGCGCAGUAGUUAACUGGCUGCGCUCACCAGCGCCUCUAGUGGCCAAAGUUCAUAUUAUCACAAAUGUUCUUGUCAUGUUUACAGCAACCAGUAGGACGAAAAUGUUCGCCAAUAAAGUUUCCUUUUAAUGCCGUAUUUACAUUUUGAUGACACAAGAACGAUCGUUUUUUAGCGUGCAAAGACUAAAGUGUUUAUUUUCUUUGUCUACGUCCUAAAAGGUGGAGACUAUUAGCCGUGGUGUGCAAAGUUAUUUAUGAUUUCUGUCAUUUCAACACCUUGAAAAUAAGCUGUAACAUUUUUCUCUGGUUAUUGAUUAUUGUUAUUAUUAGUCGUAACAAUCCCCUUGUUUUUACCGACAAAGUGUUCCGUUAGCUUAGCUGCUCGACACACUGCCUAACGACUGUUGCUGUCUUUGGUUUAUUACUAUUAUAUCAUCCGUUGUUGCAUCUUGGAACACCUGUUGUUAUUAUUCAUAAUAAUAUUCAUUUUAGUGUGUUUCUGUGCCCAACAGAUUGAUCUUGUAUAAACAAUAAAUACAUCAAAACAG